AUUUUGUCAUUACGUGUUACAUUUUGACACCAUUUGCAUUCUUAUUCACUGUUGUCUUCUGGAAUGAAGCGUUCACCAGACUGACAACUCCAGCUGACAACUGUUGCAAGAGGGAGGGCGUGGUUAAAGUAAAGAAUAAUGUAAAACACACACACACACAUCAGACUGUGUUAAGGAGCCUGAUAAUUCACCUAUGCUGUUGUGAGUAGGAAUAAAGUGACAAGAGAACAUUUUUGAGGACUAUACAUCCUUCUGCCAAGCAUGGUUCAGAAAGUAGCCAUCAUCGGUGCUGGGAUUUCGGGUCUGACCAGCAUCAAAUGUUGUUUGGAAGAAGGUCUGGAGCCCACCUGCUUUGAGAGCGGUCCUGAAAUUGGCGGGCUAUGGAGAUUCAAGGAGGAACCCGAACCCGGGCGGGCCAACAUCUACGAGUCAGUGGUCAUCAACAGUUCUAAGGAGAGGAUGGCCUACAGUGACUUCCCACCUCCUGCAGAGCUCCCCAACAACAUGCACCACUCGGAGGUGCUGCUUUACCUGCGACUCUACGCUCAGAACUUCCAGCUACUGCGGCACAUCCGCUUUCAGACCUCCGUAGUGAACGUUAGACAGACUGCGGACUUUGCCGAUACCGGUCGGUGGACGGUAGAGACGGAGGGACGCGACGGCCGACGGACGAGCGAGCUGUUUGACGCCGUGAUGGUCUGCACGGGACAUUUCACCACACCCCACCUGCCAUUCAAAGACUUUCCAGGUAUAGAGAGCUUCAACGGAAAGUACUUCCACAGCUGGGAGUACCGAAACGCUGAGGGCAUGCAGGGGAAAAAAGUGGUCGUCGUCGGGAUCGGGAGUUCCGGAGGCGACAUUGCGGUGGAUAUCAGCCGGGUUGCUGAAAAGGUGUACCUGAGCUCGAGGAGCGGCGCAUGGGUGGUGAGCCGGGUAGGACCCUGGGGCCUCCCGGUAGACAUGAUGUACGCCUCCCGCGUGGAUGUGAUGCUGCAAAGACUUUUCCCUUCUCUUAGCAGCAGGAAGGCGGAGAAGAUGUUCAACCGGGUUUUUAAUCAUGAGCUCUAUGGACUGAAGCCACGACAUGGGAUUUUCGAGCAAAACGCAGUGGUGAGUGACGACCUACCGGCUCGGAUCAUCUCCGGUCGCGUUCGUUUGAAGGGGAACGUCAAGGAGUUCCGUGGAUCCACUUUGGUCUUUUCUGACGGCAGCGCUGUAGACCAGGUGGACGUGGUGGUGUUCGCCACGGGGUACAACUACAGUUUCCCCUUCCUACCUCCGACCCUGCAGGAGAAGUCGGGUUACCGCCUGUGCCUCUACAAGCAUGUGUUCCCACCCAGUCUGUCCAGACCCACGCUGGCCGUGGUGGGCUUUAUCCACGGCCUGGGGUCUAUAACACCAUUGGCAGAGAUACAAGCUCGUUGGGCUACCAGAGUUUUCAAAGGUUUAGCACGUUUACCGACCAAAGAGAGAAUGCUGGAUGAAGUUGCGUCAGAAACAGAAACCAUGCACAAGAGGUACGCCUGCUCCGAGCGAACCCCCAUCCAGGUGGACUACAUGCCCUACCUGGACUCAGUGGCAUCUCAGAUCAGGGUUAAACCAAACAUAGCACUGCUGCUUCUGACCGAUCCCAAAUUGGCGUUCCAGGUGCUGUUUGGACCUUGCACGUCCUAUCAGUACCGACUGAACGGGCCAGGUCGCUGGACUGGGGCUCGCCAGGCAAUCCUCUCUCAGUGGGACCGGGUCGUUUGGCCAUUCAACACAAAAUUGGCACCGAAAGCACUUAAGAUCCGAUUGGUGCCGAGACCAAGGACGCCAUCCAAAUUGAGCAUGGUGCUUUUCUCGAGUGCAGCUCUGCUGUACUGCUUCAUCUACAAUACAUAACAGUCUCUGUCUUCCAGGACUUGAAACAUUCAAAGUUAGCAUACUGCUAAAUGUUUACAGUCAUACGCUGCUAGACAGUAACUACAUUACCUCAAGCAAGCGCACUUUGUGUGAGGCAACAUAUUUAAAAUAAAAUUUAUAAAAUGAAAACUCGUUGGCUGGGAAA